AUGGCAGUAGAAAUAACUGCAGGUGCAGUAAUCAAAUUAUCUCAACAAAGACAAGCACAAUGGUAUUGGAAAUCUAACCCAACUCGACGAUUAAAAAAUGAAAAAGAAGAAUGGAUACAAUUUUCCGAUAUCGAAUCAGAAAUUAUUGAGGAAGCAUUGAAUGGAAAUCAUAAUAUAAAAUUGAUAGAAUUAGAUGAUUAUUGGAUUGAUUUGAAUCACUCCAUUCAAAUUAGUAAAUGUGAUCAAAAACAACAAACACAAAUAAAACAUAUACCGAUUAGCAAAGAUAGAAAUCCUUUUCUAAGGGAGGAGAGAUUUUUUCUUCCACUACCAGUCGGCAAACCGUUCAAUGAGUGGACAUAUGGCGGUUAUUGGUUUAUUCAGGAAUGGCUGAAAAAACAGCGAGACAAUAUUUCCAACAGUCAUAUAAUACAACAAGCAGUGACUGGAAUAAUUAUCGAAGGAACUCAAAUAAACAAAUUAUGUGAAGCACAAUGGAUUGCGCAACAAUUGUUAGCAGUCGAAAAUAACGAUGCAAUAGAUAUACAUGAAUGUGCUAUUCACCUAUAUACGAUGAAUUAUUUUCUAUACAAACUAGUCAAUGAAGCAUUGAGAGAAAAUGAUAAGACCAAAAUAGACACUCUUGGUCCAUACUGCUAUCUUUUGUACUAUUCCUGGUACAGAGUCAACACUAGGACAACAACCGAAGUGUAUCGUGGUGCACAACUCAAUUCACACAUGAUUCAGUAUUACAAACAGGCAGUUGGCACGAAGAGAUGUUGGUUCGGGUUUACCUCCACGAGUAGCAACAGGAACGUGGCUGAAAUGUUUGGAAACACAUUAUUUAUCAUCGAUAUGUCAUUUUUCAGUGGAUUAGAUAUCUGUUCAUAUUCGCAAUUCCCAUAUGAAGAAGAAGUGCUACUACCAGCUGGAACAAAAUUUCUAAUCCAGAAGAUUGAAUGUGAAGAUAUACAAGAUAAAUACAGUAUACAUAUAAAGCUUCUUGCAAAAAACAAUAUCCUACAACAGCAACUUGAUAAAACUGACUGCGUGACAACAAUGCAACUGGCAAACGGUGAACUUGAUUAUCUCGAUAUAGAAAUACUGCUAAAAUACGUGAAAGUCAAUCUCAGUCUUACCAUUAUAGACCUUUCACACAAUCGAAUAGAUGAAAAAGCCGCUGAAGCACUGGUAGAUAUCCUAAAAUCCAACAAAACCAUUACUACUCUUCAACUUACAUCAAACCAACUAUAUGACAAAGGAGCUGAAGUACUUGGGAAUGCACUGAAAGUCAAUACAACUCUGACAACUCUUAACCUUAGAGACAACGGAAUAUCUGUCAAUGGAACUGACGCAUUGGGUGAUGCACUGAAAGCAAAUCAAACUCUUACUAAUCUUAAUCUUGCAUACAACCGAAUAUCUCACGAAGGAGCUGAAGUGAUCGCCAAUGCGUUGAAAGUCAAUCAUACUCUUACUACUCUCAAUCUUGGAGUUAAUCAAAUAUCUGACAAAGGAGCUGAAGCACUCGCUGAUGCGUUGAAAUUCAAUCUAACACUUAUUACCCUUGAUCUGCAUCGGAAUCUCAUCACUGAGAAAGGAGCUCAAGCACUCGCUGAUGGAUUAAAAGCAAAUAAAACUCUUCAUAUUCUCAAUCUUAGAUACAACAAAAUAUCUGAUCCAGGAGCCGAAAUACUAGCUGAGGCGUUAAAAGUUAACCAAACCCUUAAUACUAUAUAUCUUAAAUCCAACACCAUAUCUGACAAAGGCGCUCACGCGCUCUCAGAUAUGUUGAAAGUCAAUCAAACUCUUACUUCUCUUCAUCUUGAAGACAACCAAAUAUACGACAAAGGAGCUCAAGCACUAGCUGACACAUUGAAAUCCAAUCAAACACUUAUUACCCUUGAUCUGCACAGGAACCAAAUAUCUGACAAAGGAGCUGAAGCAUUCGGUGAUGCAUUGAUAGUUAAUCAAACUCUUAAUACCCUUCAUCUCUACAUGAAUCAAAUAUCUGACAAAGCAGUCGAAGCGCUCUCAUACAAACUAAAAGUCCAUCAAGCUUCUACAACCGUUACCCUUAGAGACGACGAAAUAUUUGCGAAGGAAGCUGAAGCAUUUGCGGAUGCAUUUCGACACGAUCCUACCAUUACUUCUGUUCAUCGUGCAGACGACGCAAUGUUGGACUUUGGGAUUGAAGCACUGGGUCAAGCAUUAGGAGUUCGUCAAACUCCUACCUUACCUAACUCUACAUCGGACAGAAUUUCAGACAUACGAGGUGACGUCCUCGCGGACAAAUUGCAAGCUCAUGAAAUUGUGACUACUCUUAAUCUUCAACACAACCAGAUAUCUGACGAAGGAGCCCAAGCUGUCGCGGAUACAUUAAAAGUCAAUCAAACAUUAACUACCCUUUCCCUUCAAAACAACCAAAUAUAUAACAAAGGAGCAAAAACACUCGCUCUUGCAUUAAAAGUCAACCAAACUCUUACCACUCUGGAUCUUGAAAACAAUCAAAUAUCUAAUGCAGGGGCUGAAGCGUUGGCUGAUGCAUUGGAAGUCAAUCAGACUCUUACUAUUCUUAACCUUGGUUGCAACAGCAUAUCGGAAAAAGGAGCUGAUGUACUCGCGGAUGCAUUGAAAGUAAAUACAUUUCUUACUAGUCUUGAUCUUGGGCACAACGAAAUAUCUGACAAAGGAGCUCAAUCAAUCGCGGAUACACUGAAAGUCAACCAAAUUCUUACUACUCUUAUUCUUAGCAACAACGAAAUAUCUGACAAAGGAGCUAAAGCACUUGCCAUUGCAUUGAAAGUCAAUCAAAAUCUUACUACUCUUGAUCUUCAAAACAAUAAAAUAUCUCACAAGGUAACUGAAGCAUUCGGUGAUGCAUUGAAAGUUAAUCAAACUCUUACUACUCUUAAUCUUGCUACGAACGAAAUAUCUACGAAAGGAGCUGAAAUAAUCGGGAAGGCAUUGAAAGUCAAUCAAACUCUUAUUACUCUUGACCUGAGCUCAAACAACAUACUAGACAAAGGAGUUGAAGCACUCUCCGAUACAUUGAAAGUCAAUCAAACUCUUACUACUCUUGGUGUUUGGUACAACGGUAUAUCCGAGAAAGGAGCUGAAGCACUUGCUGAAGCAUUGAAAGUCAAUAAAACUCUUACUACUCUUGAUCUUACACUGAACAAAAUAUCUGACAAAGGAGUUGAAGCGAUUGCAACUGCAUUGAAAAUCAAUAAAGUUCUUACUACUCUUGGUCUUUCGUCCAAUCAAAUAUCUGAGAAAGGAGGUAAGGCACUAGCUGAUGCAAUAAAAGUUAACGAAACUCUUACUACUCUUGACCUUAAAUGUAACAAAAUCUCUGACAAAGGAGCUGAAGUACUCGCAGAUGCAUUGAAAGUUAACAAAACGCUGACUACUCUUAACCUUAUAGCGAGCAAAAUAUAUGACAAAGGAGCUGAAGCAAUCGCGGAUACAUUAAAAAUCAAUCAAACUCUCACUACUCUUCAUCUUGCAGGCAACCAAAUAUCGGACAAAGGAGCUGAAGCAUUGGCUGAUGCAUUGAAGAUCAAUGAAACCCUUACUGCUCUUGAUCUGGGCGAAAAUCAAAUCACUGAGAAAGGAAUUGGUGCACUGUCGGAUGCUGUCAAAUUCCAUCAACCUGUUACUACUCUUUGUCUUUUGCAAAAUCAAAUAUCUGUGAAAGAAGCUGAAGUCCUUGCGAAUACGCUGCAAGUCCAUGAAACUCUUACUACUCUUAGUCUUGAAUACAACCAAAUAUAUGACAGGGGAGCUCAAGCAAUCGCGGACGUAUUGAAAGUCAAUGAAACUCUUACUACUCUUACUCUGAAAGACAAUCAAAUAUUUGAGAAGGGAGCUGAAGCGCUCGCUGAUGCAUUAAAAGUCAAUCAAACACUUAAUACUCUUUGUCUUUGGUACAAUGAAAUAUCUGACAAAGGAGCUGAAGCUAUCGCGGAUGCAUUGAAAGUAAAUCAAACUCUAACUGCUCUUGAUCUUUCAGAGAACCAAAUAUCUGACAAAGGUGCUCAAGCGCUCGCCGAUGCAUUGAAAGUCAAUAAAACUCUUGCUAAUCUUAAUCUUGAAUUUCUGCAAAUAUCUGACAAAGGAACUGAAGCAAUCGCUGAUGCGUUGAAAGUCAAUCAAAGUCUUACUGUUCUUGAGCUUAAAUGGAAUCAAAUAUCUGACAAAGGAGCUGAGGCAUUCUCAGAUACAUUAAAAAUGAAUAAAACUCUUACUAAUCUGAAUCUUGCGUACAACAAUAUAUCUGAGAAGGGAGCUGAAGUACUUGCCGAUGCAUUGAAAGUCAAUCGCACUCUUACUACUCUUCAUCUAGAGGGAAAUCAAAUAUUUGAUCAAGGAGCUGUAGCACUUGCGAAUGCAUUGAAAGUCAAUCAAACUAUCACUAGUCUUAAUCUUGCAAACAACUCCAUGCUUGACUAUGAGAUCGAAGUUCUCGCCGAUGGACUGAAAUUCAAUCACAGUCUUACGACUCUUCAUCUGAACGGUAAUCGUAUAUCUGACAAAGGAGCUGUAGCACUUGCUGAUGCACUGAAAGUCAAUGGAACUCUGACUACACUUUACUUGUUUUGGAAUCAAAUAUCUGACAAAGGGGCUCAUGCAUUCGCUGAUGCACUGAAAGUCAAUCAAACUCUCACGAUUCUCAAUCUUGAUGGCAACAAAAUUUCUAAGGAAGAAGAGGAAGCACUGGUUGAUGUGUUGGAGGCAAGGGGAAGAAACGUGACACUUCGUUAG